AUGCGUGUAGUCGUCAUUGGUUCGGGCCUUAUCGGCCGUUGUUGGAGUGUAAUUUUUGCUCGAGCAAAAUAUGAAGUUUAUCUAUUUGAUACCAUUCCGUCUGCACUUGGCUUAGCUCUUGUUGAAAUCCGUCAACAGCUUGAACAACUUGGUCACUUUAAUUUAUUAUUUAAUCAAACACCAGGUGAUAUUUUAAAACGUGUUCAAACAAUUGAAACUAUAGAAAAGUUAAACGAAUUAUUUCGACAAGGUAUUGAUCAUGUUCAAGAAUGUAUACCUGAAGAUGUUGAAAUGAAAAGAAAAAUUUUUUUACAAUUUGAUGAAAUUAUUCCAUUAAAUGCUUUAUUUGCAAGUUCAUCAUCAUGUAUAAUGCCAUCAAAAUUUACUGAACAAAUGAAAACAAGAAAUCGUUGUAUCGUUGCACAUCCAAUAAAUCCACCAACAACAAUUCCACUUGUUGAAAUCGUUGGUGCACCAUGGACAGAUAAAGACUUUGUUGAUUUAGCUGUUGAACGAUAUCGUUCAAUUGGUAUGGAACCAAUUCGACUUAAGAAAGAAGUUGAUGGUUUUGUUGUUAAUCGUCUUCAAUAUGCUAUUCUUUCAUCAGCUCUUCAAUUAGUUCAAGAUGGAAUAGCUGAACCUGAAGAUGUUGAUCGAGCAAUUACACAUGGAUUAGCAUGUCGAUGGUCAUUUAUGGGACCAUUUCAAACAAUUGAUUUGAAUGCACCAAAAGGAGUUAGUGACUAUUUUAAUCGAUAUGGUUCAUCAAUGCAACGUGUUUUAACUGAUAUGAAUUUUCCAUCCGAUUGGACACAAGAAACUAUCGAAAAAGUUGAUAAGUAUUUUCGGUCACAAUAUCCAGUUGGUGAAAAUGGAGUUGGUUUAAAUGAUAAAAAAUUAUGGCGUGAUCAACGUUUAUUAGAUUUAGCUAAACAUAAACUAACAUAUGCUGAUCGUGAUUAUCGUAUUGUUCGUUAUCCAUUAUUCAUACCAACAGAUCAAGGACAAUCAAUGAUUCAGGCAAUAGAAAAUGAAUUAAAACAAGUUUAUAAACAUGUUAAAAUAAGAUUAGUACCAAAAGAUGAAGCAAAUACAAUGAAUCUUUCUGCUGAACCAUGGAAUUUAGCAGGAGCAAAUCUUGGAACAAAUGGAAUUUUUUGUCAAUUAGGUAGUGCACAGAAUGUUGAAUUUAAACAAGGUCAUUCAAUACGUUUUGAUAUUUCAAGUGUACUUGAUCAAUUACAUAUUAAAAAUGAACAAACACUUGUUAUUGGACCUGGUGCUGGUGAUGGAACUUAUCUUAGUUGUAAUGGUGAACUUAUAUUCAAUAUGACACUUGAUCAAUAUAAUAAAGUCAUCACUCAACGUUCAUAUAGUUCAAUAGUAACAAAAGAAGAACAACCAUAUCAAAAUUUAUAUCAAGUAAAAACAUGUGGUCCAUUUCAACAUAUAAUGAUAUCAUCAGUUGAUCAUACUAAAUCAACGAUUUUAUUUGAAAUCGAUGUUCAAGAACGUUUAUCUGAUGAAAACGAAGAAGAAAAUAAUUUUAUUUCAAUUAUAAGACGUAGUUUAAAACAAUAUUCUAAAGAACCGAUGGGUCUUGGAGGAAUAUUUCGUGUUGAAAACGGUACAAUUAAAGCUCAUGUUAUGCCAGAGUUUGUUAAUGAAGAUUUAAUAGGAAAAGAAAAAGUUGAUCAAUGGUUAAAAUUUUAUGAUAUGCAUGCACCAUUGAAUUGUUUAUCUGUUUUAUUAACUGAAAAUAUCAAUAAUGCUGGUUUCCGUUUAGAACAUUCACAUUUUUUUAGUGAUCAUGGACAAGCUGGACAUUAUCAUUUUGAUAUAACACCUAAAGAAAUACAUUAUCAUGGUUAUUUUAUUCUAUGUAAUGAAGCCAUUAUUGUUGAUUCUGUCGUAUAA